AUGCCUCGCACCAACGAAGUCCACGCUCCCGGCACCUGGUUCAGCACCAUCCCUCGUUCCUUCGAGGAAGUGCCGAUUGAUACUGCCAACGGCAACGCUAUUUCGACCGUGGAAUUCCUGGAGGCUGCAGGAUCCUUGGUCACUCUGUUUGAUGUGAUUGGAGGCGUUGGCUUGGCCGCGGUCAAGAGUGAUCUGACGGGAAACAUUACGAAAGUUCAAGAGCGGUACAACAAGGCUCCUGCGGAAUCCCAGACUCUGCAGGAUCUGGUCCGAAAUGAAUUAAAGUCCGGACAACACAAGGCGACCGAGGGACUCCUUUGGCUCGUUCGUGGCCUUCAAUUUACCGCCUCUGCCCUCCGCUUGAGCAUCAACAACCCCUCCGAGGAACUCAACGCCUCUUUCCUGGGAGCCUACAAGGCCCCUGGUGGACUCAGCACUCACCACGGCUACCUGAUCCGCAAGGGUACCGAAGUUGCGAUCAAGUCUGGUGUGCCAUACCGCAAGGAUUUCUACGCCAAGUUGGGUGAGAACCAGGCCGAAGUCAACAUCGCCCUGGAGAAAGAGGUCAAGGCGUUGGAGAAUGUGGUCGACAUUCUGCUGAAGUUCCAGUCCACCCCUGAGGCUCAGUGGAAGUAG